AUGAAUUUAUCAUCUGUUAAUGGCUCUUUUGUCGUGAAUGCAGUGGAGCGAGACACCUUCACCACAGCUGUGACUAAGAAUGUGAUCGUGACGGUGCUCUGCAUUUCCAUUAACUACAUCAAUAGUACUCUGGUUCACACCUUCAGGAAGCACCAGAUCUUCAAUUCGAGCCCUCGAUACAUUCUGUUCAUCCACCUGGUGAUAAACGACAUGAUGCAGCUGGCCCUGUCCACCCUCCUCCACAUCAUCAGCUACGCCCUGUACAAGAUCAAUGUCCCCUUCUGCCUCAUCCUGCUCAUCAUUACCAUCACCACCACCCUCAACACCCCGCUGAACCUGGCUGGAAUGGCGGUGGAGUGCUAUAUCGCCAUCUGCAUCCCCCUCCGCCAUGGUCAGAUCUGCACCGUCAGGAACACCUACAUCCUGAUUGGUCUGAUCUGGGCUGUGAGUGCUCUUUCUAUCCUACCCGACCUCUUCAUCCUCCUGAUCACUGAGCCUCUGCAGUUCUUCCACUCCAGGGCGUUCUGUGUCAGGGACACUGUGUUCAGGAGCACCUACAGCUUGAAGAAGAGAGAUGCAUCGCACAUCGUUUGUCUCGUCUUCGUUUGGCUCUUGCUCUUCUACACGUACCUCAGGAUUCUGUUCACUGCCCAGGGAGCGACUGUAGACUUUAAAAAAGCCAGAAACACUAUUCUGCUCCACGGUUUUCAGUUGCUGUUAUGCAUGAUUGUUUAUGUGAGACCCAUGUUUGAACAAUGUCUGCUCUACUUGCUGCCCCAGAACUACUCGACCAUACGCUUUUCCUCCUAUGUCAUUGCCCAGAUCUUGCCGCGCUUUGUCAGCCCCAUCGUCUACGGACUGCGAGACCAGCUCUUCAGGAGAUAUGUGAGAAGGUACCUGGUGUGUAAAGUCAGUACGAGCAACAUUCAGCGGAAAAACGUCACCGUGCCAAGAGUGAUGAUUAAACUGCAGUGA